AUGGAGAGAUCUGAUUGCCCCUUGAGCGAGCAGGAUAUUCAUAAAUGUCCUUUCUUGAUGAACAUCAACAAACCAACCAACUUUUCAUUUGUAUUUCCUGAUUUUUCUCGCUCUUUAAGACGAAACAAAGGCCCCAUAUUUGAAGAUGGCCCCAACUUUGAUUUGGCCUUUAGACUUUUCCAUGGGAAAGAUGGGGUUGUCCCACUGUCAGGAAAAUCUCAGCUUUGUGUAGACAACCUGAAUGCUAGGGCUUCACCUCAAUUCAAUCCUUUAGCAGCCUCUAUCAGUUCAUCAGCAUUUGGAUCAGGAGGGCCCUUUGGUUUUCAUACUUUCUUUGAGAAGAUGAUAAAAAGGAAAUCCGAGUCAUCAAGUAAGAAAGAACAUCCUAAGAGCGAUUCGUUGAAGCAUGAGGCUCUUGGAAAUGAGUGGUUGGAGAUCGGGAACUGUCCAAUUGCCAAGUCCUACAGAGCUGUAAGCCAUGUUCUCCCACUUGUGGCCUCAGCUCUUCAGCUGCCACCAGGAAUGAAGAUCAAAUGCCCACCUGCAGUAGUUGCAGCUCGGGCAGCCCUCGCCCGAACUGCCUUUGUUAAGACCCUCAGGCCACAACCAUUACCUGAAAAGAUGCUUGUGAUUUGUUUCUUAGGAAUUGCAGCUAAUAUUCCAUUGGGUGUUUGGAGAGAGCAUACAACGAAGUUCUCCCUGUCAUGGUUUGUUGCAGUGCAUGCUGCAGUCCCCUUCAUAGCUAUGCUCAGGAAAUCUGUUGUAAUGCCCAAAACCGCUAUGGCGUUAACCAUUGCAGGUUCUAUAAUAGGACAGAUCAUUGGUUCAAGAGCUGAACGACUUCGACUGAAAGCCAAUGCCAAGAGCGAAAAGCUUGUAGUGCAAGCAGAACCUACUGCUGCUGUCCAGGUUGAUGGCUCACCUGUUGGUCAUUAUGGUAACCUGGGAAUCCCGUGGGAUCCCGUUACAGACAAGGCAGAAAAGCCGUCUCCUCCACCUCUGAGUAUAUGUUUAUGA